UCUAUAUAGCGCAGUAAACCCGACGGUAACCUCAAAGAACUGGAAGACAAACCGUGGGGAAAAACGACGUCUGCAGCCAGAACAUCAGCCAUGGUCAUGCAUGAUAUUCGUAAGGCAUAUCACUUUUUAGUAAUAAAUGUUCUGAAGGGGUCUCUGGAUGGAGCGCAAAGCGCAACAGUAGAUACCCAAGAGAUGAGGACUCUCAGAUGCUACAUCCUUUACAAGUAACUGCAUCGAGUCACUGAUGCUAUUUUGCACACUAAGAGAGUGGCAAUGCUUAUACAAGAGUACAAGAGUACGGAGAAAAUAAACGGGUAACUCAUUCUCCACGCAAAUAAAAAGGCAUGACAGGUAAAACAAGACCAAGGCUUUCAAACUAAGUCCAGGAGAUGGCACUAAGAAAUUAGUGUGCUAAGUCUCUGCAUUUCCCCUACAUUGCUUCAAAUAUGCUACCCAAAGAGCACAACAGUGAAGACAAAGCAGCCAAAUGUACCCUGUAUGAACAGAAGGUUAAACCUGCCAAGAUAGAGGAGAAGGAUACAUGUUAUGUGAACCCACCGGAUGGAGGAUGGGGCUGGAUGGUGGUUCUGCACUGCUUUCUGGUGAAUGUGCUUGUAAUGGGAACCUUGAAGAGUUUCGGGAUCUUCUUCGUGGCAUUGCAGGACGAAUUUGGCGGCUCAUCUGAGAGCAUCAGCUGGAUAGGCUCCAUCAUGUCCAGCCUCAGGCUCUCAGGAGGUCCUCUGGCUUCCAUGGCCUGCGCCAAGCUGGGGAACAGGGUCACCUCCAUCAUGGGAGCUGCGCUGGUCAGUGCUGGCUUUCUCACCAGUAUCUUUGCUACCAGUGUGAUCUACCUGUACAUCACCAUGGGACUGGUGGUAGAUUGGCACCCUGUCCUAGGUCUUGGCUUUGCCCUCCUGUACCAAGCUACAUCAGUUGUAACUGCCACUUAUUUCCGUAAGAGGUUAGCAACAGCAUACUCUAUUGGCCGCUCUGGAAUGGGUUUGACAUUUGCCCUUGCCCCCUUUACCCAGCUCCUCCUGGACCAGUAUGCAUGGCAAGGAGCUCUGCUGAUUUUAGGAGGUCUGAUGCUGAACCUGGUGGCCUCUGGAAUGCUGCUUCGGCCCAUCCAUUUGCAACCUGCUGACAUCUCUUCCCCAUCCUCAUCCAGCCUCCGCAAACGCCUAAUCAGAUCGUGGAGGAGAACAGAGAAGGAGCCUCUUCAGAAUGGAGUAACUGGGACUAUGGCCAUUUCUAGUGGCAUCACCAAAACAGACUCCUCUCCUUCUUUUCAUGGGGAUACACUGUUAAUAGAGAACCCAUCCCUUGGGCAUAGGAACGUCCGAGCUGCAGAAGUAACUAACCCACUACAGAAUGGUGUAAAUGGGAUGGACAAUGGCACAGUAAAGGUUUCCCCAGAAUGGAAUAGCAGUUCAGCUGUAGAUUCAUCGAUACAUGAAAAGGCCCUGCCACAAAAAGCCAAAGUCUUGGACUUCUCGCUCCUGAAGAAUCCUUUCUUUUGUAUCUAUACCUGGUCAUUGGUCUUCAGUCAGCUAGCCUACUUCAUACCAUACUUCCACCUAUCAGCAAGAGCCAGGAAUUUGGGUAUUGAUCCCAUGGAUGCAUCCUUCAUCAUAUCUGUGGCAGGCAUAACAGAAACCGUGGCUCAGCUGGCCUCAGGUUGGGUGGCAGACCGGAACCUGGUGCAUAAGUACCACUACCACAAGGCCUACCUGAUCCUGUGUGGUAUAGUGAACCUACUCUCUCCCCUCGCCACCUCCUACAUCCUGCUUAUGGUCUACGCCGUCUUUUUUGCUAUCUUCUGUGGAGGCUACAUGGCCCUGCUGCUGCCUGUCCUGGUUGACUUGGUUGGGCCUGCAAAGCUGAACAACUCUAUGGGAUUUUCCAUGUUCUUUGUGGGGCUUGGAUGUCUAACAGGUCCCCCUCUGGCAGGUUUUCUGUAUGACUACACUCAAACUUAUGAUGGCUCCUUCUACCUGGCUGGCGUGUGUUACCUGCUGUCAUCCAUCUCUCUCUUCCUGGAGCCUCUAGCCCAACGCUGGAAGGCCAGAAAGAAACGGCAGGAGCUGCUCAAUAAAGAACUCAUGUGGAGUAAUGGCUACUCCUUUCCAGGACCUCAGAGAAAUGGGGUGGUGUAGGGAAACUGCAUCCCACCAACGCAUCUCUUUUCUCGAGUUUCAUCCACCAAGAGUCAGCCUGACUGACCUCAGCACUGGGGAUGCUUGCCUUUUGAGGGAAGAAUGUUCACUGGAGCGAUCGAAAAGAGAUUCCGACCACCACAAUCUCAGUGCUCAGCUACACCAUCCUGGAUGCUGGUUUUAGUUCCAGAGAAUAGAGGACAAUGUUUGCUCUGUAACUUCCAAUAAAGCCAAACUGAUUUUGUUACACUGAAUAGAAACUUUCCCUAUUUUUGAAUGACCUACAUGUCAUUUAAGGCACAUUAUCUGGCCUCAUGGGAAAAAAUAAGAAAAGCCUUAAACAUGUCAGUGUUUUAUUUUAAUGUUAUGUUUGAUUUAAUUAUGUAUCUUGCCAACAUGUAGUUGUUCAGUUCAGUCUGGACCUCUCUCUAAAAAAAGUGCUUCCUUCUGUAUUACAGUAUUUCUAGAGCAAAGGGUGCAAAAUAGAUUACUAAAAUAUAAAUGUUUAAAAUGUGUUUUACAAACAUAACCAUGCACUUUACCAAAUGCCCGUUGAUCUCUAUGCACUUUGUUUGCAGGUUUGAAUUAAGAGCCUUUCCUCAGACGCAGCCAGCAAAGUGGAUCAGUUCAUUAUUGAUGUUCUUCCCACAAAAAUAAGGUGAAGUAUUAUCAGCAAUACCGAGGAACCUAAACUGAGGCAUGACCACAGAGAGUAAUUUGAAUUAUUCUUAUCCAUCAAAGAUAUGCUGUUCUUAUUAGAACAUGUAUUUGGUUCACAGUGCCUGUCUAGAUUUUAGACAUGAAGUUUUUCAGCCCAUGGUGUCAAAUUACAAUCAUGUCUUUAGGCAUUGACAGUGAACAAGUGAAUUUUCUAAACAAACUUCUUUAUUCAUGCCAGGAGUGAAAAUCCUUCCGAUACUAUUUAGCUAGUAACAGAGUCCAAGAGAUUUAGGGCAUUGUGCAUGUAGAUAUAACCUAGCUUUAGACAAAUUCUGCUUGGGUUUUUUUUUUUUUUUAAUUGCUCGUUUUCAUGUUUUUGUAUUGAACUAUCUAGCGCUAUGUUCAUUACCAAUAUUUGCCUUUAAUGUACUGCAUAACUGUACUAACUGUGAUAUGAGCCAAAGAUACAAAAGAAUGAGGUAUGAGCUAUUUAUGUAUUUUGCCCUCAAUUAUAUGGAAUUUGAAUUUUUCAUUUCUCUCUCAAGUCAAAACCAUUUUAUAGUGCACAAACAUAACAGUGGCUUAUUUGCUAGAUGGCCCUCAUGGUCCUCUGUCAGAUGCCAUCCUCUAGUGGACACACAAUGUACUACUGCUGAAAAGUAAAGUACAGUCUUCCCUCUAAACUCACUGCUAAGUAAGACACAUUGUUUGGUUUCUGAUGUCCUUUUAUUACACUUUUUUUUUCUUUUCUUUUUUUUUUUUUAUAAAGAACCCAAAUGUGUGUACUUUUAAGGGUUGGAAAUUGGUACCUUCUCUGUUGAGAGGACACAUUCUUGCAGAGUAUUAGGUUGGAGCACCACACUUAUAAAAACACUCCUAUUUGAAAAGUUUGUUCUCUUAAUGUGUUUAUUUAAACAUUUCGAUGCUUUAAAGCAUUGUUACUUGCAUCAUUUUUUUAAAUAUAUUCGAAGGCAGGGCUUUCAUAAACCUUGGACAGGAGAUGUAAUUAUCUUGUCUAAGGAGUUAAUUGUGUUUAAAACUCCAAAGACUUUGUCUUAAGGGGCCACAUUUCAUGAUAAAUGGAAAUAACAGACACCCUCCAUGAGCCAUAUACUAUAAUUUAAGGAAAAACAUUACAAAAUAGCAGGUUUGCAGGCUCAGUGGUAGUUCACCACAGAGUAUUUAAGGUUUAUAUUUUAUACAUGGAUAAAUGGUACAUUGUAAUUUCUGUAAGUGGUUGGGGGAAAACGUAGACUACUUAAU